AGGCUAGCGACAGUCAAGUCAACCGAUCAUACAAAUACCUCCUUGUUUCUUUCCUUUUGCUUUACAUACAUACUAGUGGGCAGUGGCACCGGCAGCAAGCAGUCUAUUCAUCUCAGAUCUGAAGUUCAUCCCCUCUCCCGGUGUUCUGUUCCCAGCUUGGAUCCUUCAUCGAGGACGAGGACCGUUCCUCUCCAAGCAACUUCCUUCCUUUGGUAAAUUGCAAGUUGUGAUUGAUCGCAUCGGCAGCUUCUUACAUUAUCAGCGAUUAAUGGCCACCGGAGGCGUAACCCUGGAGAGCCUACCGAACGAGCUACCAUUAGACUUCUUGAACAAAAUCACAAGGAACUUCUCCGAUGAGCUACUACUUGGUCAGGGCGCAUUCGGGUCAGUUUAUAAGGGGAUCCUGGACGAUGGUGGGGUGGUUGCUGUGAAGAAACUCGCGGAAAAUUCCCCUGUACCACGUGACACAAUAUUCGUGAAUGAGGUUCAGAAUAUUAUGGUGCUUGAACAUGAAAAUAUCGUCAAGUUGGUUGCUUACUGCCGUGAGGCACAAAAAAAAUUGGUGCAGAGCAACGGACGAUAUAUUAUUGCAGAGGUCAUUGACACUGUACUCUGCUAUGAAUACUUGCCUAAGGGGAGCCUUCACAAUAAUCUUUUUGGUGAAUCCGGUAGCAUUGAUUGGGAUACGCGCUUUAAAAUAAUAAAGGGAAUAUGUGAAGGUAUACAUUUUCUACAUACCUUGCCUAGUCCUGUUCUCCAUUUGGGUCUGAAGCCUCAAAAUAUACUACUGGGUGACAAUAUGAAACCGAAAAUUGCGGAUUUUGGUUUCUCGAGAAUAUUCGGCCAAGAUCAAACCCGAAAGAACACAAGAAGUGUCGUGGGAUCGGUCGGAUACAUGGCCCCCGAAUAUCUGUACAAUGGCGAAAUCUCGGCUCGGUCAGACAUAUAUAGUUUAGGCCUAAUCAUAAUGGAGAUAUCCACCAGAGAGAUGAAUAGUUCUAGCACUGACCAGAAGCAUGCAAGGAAAUAUAUUGAUGGAGUAAAAGAAAAUUGGACACUGGAGAAAAUAAUGUCUGAGUACAUUGAGUUAGAAGAACAUGCUUUCGAUCAAGUAGAAGCAUGUAUCAAUAUUGGUCUACAAUGUGUGGAGAUUGAUCAGAAGAAGAGACCUUCCAUAGAGACCAUUGUCAAUAUGCUGAAUAAGCUUCCAGUGAGCGAGGAGGUCUCCCAUUCCAUGUGAGCACAGAACUUCCCACUUUUUAGUGAGAGAUGUCCAACAUAAAGUAAAAUAAGAUCAAUGCUAUGAAAGUGGAUGAUGAAACCAAAUAUUUGCAUUCAAUAAAGCAAUCCAUGAUGGCAUUUCAUAAAUAAGAAAAGUAUUAAUGAAAAGUGUAUUGUGGGAACAUGACCCAUUGAUAUCAUGCAGUUGCAAAUAUAUUUAGUUUUACUUUCUCCAGAGAUUUCUAUUCCAGAUAUCCCUUUUUGUUAUCAAGAGAGAACAAUUUCGCGCACUUUUGCCUUUUCAUGUCACUUCGAAAUAUUUAUUUGUCUUUCCUGAA